GCAGGCAGAAUUCCUUAUAACUCAACAUAAAAGAGAUAUUGAAUUAAUUCAAAACAUUAGAGCAUAUUUAGGUGGAAUAGGUAGUAUUGACUAUAAAAAGGAAUAUCUUAUACAAUUUAGGGUAUUUUCUAUCAAACAAAUUACUGAUAUAGUUAUUCCUUUUUUUGAUAAAUAUCCUCUAAUAACUCAGAAAAAAGCUGAUUUUGAAUUGUUUAAAUCAGCAGUUAACCUUAUGAAUAGUAAAAGACAUCUUACUGAAGAGGGUCUACUAGAAAUUGUAAAUAUUAUAGCUUCAUUGAACAAAGGUUUACCUCAAACACUUAAAGAAGCAUUUCCUGAUUCUCUACCUGUAACUAGACCUUUAAUUGAAGGUGAAAAACCCAAAAUUUUAAAUCCUUACUGAUUAGCUGGAUUUGUCAGUGGAGAAGGGUGUUUCUAUAUUAAGCAGCGUAAGUCUGUACACAACAAAAAAAUUGUUGAGUUAAUUUUUACUAUAGGUCAACAUUCAAAAGAUAAAGCUUUAAUACAAAGUUUUGUUUUUUACUUAGGGGUUGGAAGAUUUUCAUUAUCUAAAAAAGUAGCUUACUAUACUUGUUCAAAACUUUCAGAUAAUUUAAGUAAAAUAUUGCCUUUUUUCGAUAAAUAUCCUAUUCUAGGUAUUAAAUCUAACGAUUUUAACGAUUGAAAGAAAGCUUGUGAAAUAGUAAAAGCUAAAGAUCAUCUAAAAGAGGAGGGAUAUAAUCAAAUAAAAUUAAUUAAAGAAGGUAUGAACAAAGGAAGAUUUACA